AUGCUGCUGUCCCGGCUGCUACCCUUGCUCUGGGUGUUUAAGUGGGCAUCUGGAGUCUGCUUUCUUCUCCCUGAAAUGUUCAGGGAUACAGAUCAGUCACUGAAACUAGAGUUAAAUUCUGUGACAGUGCAGGAGGGUCUGUGUGUCCUAGUGCCCUGCACACUCAUUGUGAAGCCCAGAAACAUGCUGUCGGAUCUUGUCUUUGGAUACUGGUACCACGAAGAAAAGAAUACACGGCUUGAUUCUCUGGUGGCUACGAACAACCCAUAUCAACUUGUGCGGGGGACGCAAAGCCGAUUUCACCUCUCUGGGGACCUGAGGUUCAAUGACUGCUCCUUGGACAUCAGAGAUGCACAGAAGAGUGACAGCGGUUCUUACUUCUUCAGCCUCGAAAAGGAAGGUGUGAUGUGGAAUUUCUGCGACGAGAAGAUCUCUGUGCAUGUGACAGACCUCACUCACACCCCCAGCAUCAGCAUCCCACAGACACUGGAGCUUGGUCAUCCUACCGAUGUGAUAUGCUCUGUGCCCUGGGCUUGUGAACGAGGAACACCCCCCAUCUUCUCCUGGAUGUCAGCUGCCCCCAUAUCCCUGGGCCCCACGACCACCUUCUCCUCAGUGUUGACCCUCACUCCCAGGCUCCAGGACCAUGGAACCUACCUCACCUGUCAGGUGACCUUCCCUGGAGUUGGUGUGACUGUUCAAAAGACUGUCCAGAUCAAUGUCACCUAUACUGCACAGAACUCCACAACCCAUGUCUCUGGAAGAGCUAGCCCAGGGAAAACAGAGCACCUGGCAGAGGUGGUACAAGUAGCCAUGGGAGAAGCGGCUAUCAAAUUCCUACUUCUUGGGAUCUGCUUCUUCUUCCUCAGCAUGAGACCCCAUGAGAAGAGAGUGGAGAGGCCAGCAACACAUGUGGAUCAUUCAGCCACUGUCAUGGAUUAGUCUCUCAGGCUGUGGAGGCAGCUGGCAUCAUAGCAUGGAUCCACCACACCCAGGUCAAGAAAGCCAUGGAUGAAGAUGCC